AUGACUGAUGUGUUGAUAGACAUCUUUCUCUCCUAUGAUGAAGAAAUGGGUAAACUCAAUAAGAAAGUGAUACGGCUCGUAGAAGGUAACCCUGAUGGAAUCCCACUCUUCAAGCUUGCUGUCUUCUACAAUCAGAAGUAUCAUAAUAACCUGACUGUGUCAGACGUUGGCUUCUCCAGCAUGGCUGAUUUUAUUGACUCUUUGACCGAGCAUCUGGUGGUAGUGAACGGGACAGUUUUCCACAGAAAGCACAUACCCCAGACCCAGGACACUGCACAGAAGGUGGAAGAGGCUCAAAUCUGUCCAGAAGACAAUAACAAAACAUCCCAGGAAGUGGUGGAAUUGGUUCAAGAGCAUCCAGAAGGCAUCCCUCUUAAGCUCCUAUGUACGUUGUACAAUCAGCGCUACAAGAGAAACCUGGCUGUUUUAAACCUAGGCUUUGCUUCACUCAGCAGUUUUGUCGAUUCCUUGUCGAAGGAUUUACUGGUGGAAAAUGGCAUCAUCUUCCACAAGAUGUACAGGGAUCCUCCCGGCAAGUCAGCCUCGCUAAAUGAAACCCCUCCCACAAUGAAGGAUAGCGCUGGAAUAUCUUUUGGUACUGUGCCAACACGAAAGCAAGGUGAGAUGACCCAAGAGGAACUACUGGAGAAGGUUAAGGAGGUUAUCAAAGUCUAUCCAGCUGCUGCAACCUCCAUUACACAGCUGAUGAAUGGCUACUUCCUACAUUUUGGGGCUAUAAUGCCACUGGGGCUGUACAUGUCACUGUACAACAGUCAGACCAGCACACAAGAGACAACUGUUGGCCAGGCACAGGUUAUUACAGGACAGGAAAGAGGAAGUCCUGCUACAUCAGUAACAAUGUCCCCUACACCUACUGCAAGCCCACAACGUACUCCAGUGGCACACCGAGUGGCUGAUGAAGUGGUACGUUCCAAGAGCGGCUCUCCUGUGUGGCAGCUCACUGCCACUCCAGUUCCUGCAUGUUCCAGCCUCACAUCGUCGAUAGACUUCCCACCUCUCGGAACCAGGCACUCCAGAGCUGAGGAGAGGAGAACGCGAGAUGGCCGAGAGGGAAGCAGCCUGGUGUUCCGUGAUUCCCACCACGCCCAGAUGAGAGAGAUGCAUGGAGGUAACGUUCGUGCAAUUGAGGCCAUGGAGGCGGCAAAUGAGAAGACGGAGACUGUGGAUAGGCGCAGGACGAAGCCGAGUCAUGACGAGGUGAACAGCCUCGCCGAGGACGCCAGACGAAACCUCGCCGCCGAGGGGGAACAUGUCACAAUGGAGAAGGUGGUAAGCAAAGUGUGCAUGCUUUUGCAAGUGUCGUCCUUGAGUGCACUGGGAAUCAGGUCUUAUUGGCAGUUGCCUGCUCUGAAGGAACUUGAGCGCACCGUUAAAGAGAUCAACCUCUUCGUUCAGUCGAUAGAGGCGAUCUGUUCCAUGUGCACUCUCUACGAGCUGGGUCACUCUAUUGCCGGCAUCAAGAACAAGAAGCGAUUUGAGGAGCUCCACCUAGGCCCGCUCUGUAAAAUCCCGAUCGUUCAUCGGCUGUUCACGAUAGACAGCAACACAAAAGACGAUGAUAUACUCCAGAUCGAGACUGUGGAUCUUCUUAGGAGUCUUCGUAACUUCAGGAGAAAGCAUAGCAAGCAAAAGAUAGACCUCGCCGAGUUUCUGCAGUACCUUGCAGACCAGUACAGCUGCGAUUCACCAUACGCGCUUGGAAUCCGGAUCCUGAGUAUCGGGCUGCCUAUUUCGACAUUGUCAAAGGCAUAUAGUUGUGAGAGCGCUUGUAUGGAGAGAGCCAGAGAGGCCAUUCAGAAGGAGAUCGAGGAGGAGGUAGAGAACAGGCUGUGGAAGAUUAAAAAGAGUUUAAUGGAGCCGGCACAGGGACCACAACUCUACUCCUCCUCUGGCAGCCUGGAGCUCAGGAGGAAAUAUGCCAGCAUGACCGCUGCCGAGGCAGUCCUGGAGAUAUUUAACAACUCUGUGGGCAUCUUCAAUCAAAAAAUGACCAAGCGAGUUCAGGACUUCCUCACGUACGUAUCGGCAGACAGGUUGGCUCGGACCUUGUUUCAGCUGGCUAUCUGUGGUGGCUCCCUGGUCGUCCCAAAUGACAUAUCUCCAAAAGAGAAACCCCAAAAACAAGGCCAGGAGCAGAAAGCAUCUGAGAGGAAUGCAACCGAGAUACUCCCUACUGAAGAUGCUGUGAAGCAGCACUUCCAGGACUGUGUAUCCAGCUUCAUGGGUACAGUGACUCUGCAAUAUCUCAGCCGGCUUGAGAAAAAAUUGGCCAAGCAUUUCAAGUUCAUGGAGUUUGGACAACUGCAUCAGGGCUCCUUCCUUGAGUUCCUGGUCAAAAACAUGCAGAUUCUACAGGACGCUGCAGGAGGCGUUGUGGCUAUUGGCAACCAGGAUAUUCGAGCGAACGGCUUCAGACCCAGCCAGCAAGAUGUGUAUGAGUUUAUUAAGCAAUGCGGAGAAACAGAUCCUUCACGACUGCCAUUUAUUGAGGCUGCACUCAGGAGUCACUACGGAGUUCAGGACAGUCGAGAGCUGGGCUACGGGAAACUUCGCACACUGGCAGACUUUGCCAGGCGUCAGAAGGAGUUGUGUGAUGGAGCUAGUGCAAGUGCUGUGCGCUAUGAAUGCCCUCUGCUUCAUAAAGAGCCAGAGGACAUGCUUGUGGAAUCGGUGGGCCUGCUGGGGGACAAGACCCGGGAGCAGGCAGUGGCGAGUCUCCUCUCUGCUCCACUUCUGGAGGACUUGACUGAAUGGAGCCAAUGGCAGCUGGUCUUUCAGCCCAAUCAUGGAACACUCAAACAUUUUAUCGACAAAUAUUGCGGUAACACAGACCUGCUGGCUUUGGAGGUGUCUCCUGGAGUGUUGUUGCGGAUCACCUCCAUCACUGGUGAUAAAUUAUUUUCUGAAGCCACCCAGGCUCUUGACCCUGCAGGCACAGCCGGUCACCUUGUGUCCAUCGUGGUGGCUGAUGGGAUUUCAAACACCCCCACAGCACUGCUGGCCAAUCACAUGCAGAGUUCUCUAGCAGCAGCAGCAGCCAGAGAAGAUCUAUCCCUUGGUGAAGACGGAUGCUACUUUAGCACGGUGGCCAAGUACGUGCUCGAGUGUGUAACUCGGAUGCCUACAAAAAUCUGCAAAGAGCUUUUGCAACAGGUGUUUCUUGAGCCUCUUUCGAGAGUGCUUGGUCAGGCUCGGUCAAAGGCUGUCCUCCUGGAAGCGGCCAAGUCAGAGACGAAGUACCUCAACAAGCUCCAUCAGCUGGGCAUCCUGCUGGGCAUUACAGAGUGGGUGAAGGACUUCCACACCAAACUCAUCUUACCCCUGACACCUGAGGUGCCCCCACAGAACCUGCCGGCUGUAGAAUCUGCACACAAAUACCUGCCUGCUGACUCGAUGAGUGACAUAUCCUCUGUGUUGAGUUUGGCUGACGGCGAGGAUUUGUUGGAAGACUAUGUGCUCAGCUCUGCUUCCAAAUCCCCUCAGCAAGAUUUUAAUGACGGCACCAGGGACAGUGCCGAGCAGGAUAUUCAGAACGAUGCAGAAGAUGAGGAUGAGGAUCUCUUUGAACUGGCAUCAGAGAAUAACGAGGAGGUGAACAGCAGCGUUGACAGUAAAGAGGAGGAUGAGAAGGCUGAUGGUGUAGAAGAGCCUCCUGAAGGACAUUCAGAAGGGGAUGAAACCGUUAGUGAGCAGCUCAGCCAGCAGAGGGCCAUCAUUGAGGACAUCAGGAAAAAUGAGUUCGGUGUUGGAGUGGAGCUGAACGAAGCGGGUCAGAACCUGAUGAAGAAGCAACAGGCUCGGCUCGGCCGCAGUCUCGAACGCCUUUCCACUGAACUCUACAGCAAAGACACACACUUUGUUCUGGAGCUCAUCCAGAACGCUGACGAUAACAGCUACCCGCUAGAUAGAAAGGAGGAGCCUGCUUUGGCCUUCGUAGUACAGAAAGACUACAUCACCAUACUAAACAACGAGUGCGGCUUUGAGGAGAAGAACGUGCGAGCGAUCUGUGACGUGGGAAAGAGCACCAAAGGAAAACAUACCUGUGGCUACAUAGGACAGAAAGGAAUUGGCUUUAAAUCAGUUUUUAAAGUCACAGACUGUCCUGAGAUCCACUCCAAUGACUUCCAUAUCCAGUUUGACAAGGCCAGCGGCCCCAUGGGAUACAUCCUGCCUCACUGGGUGGAGGAGGAGAGGCCCGUGCCCUCUGUUGCCAAGGAGAUAGCUGAGAAAAGCUGGAGCACAAAGAUCUUCCUGCCUCUUCGAUCAGAGAGCUACCAAACCAAAAACCUUUUCCAUGACGUGCACCCAUCACUCAUGCUCUUCCUCCACCGGCUCCGCUCCAUCAUUAUCUACAGCGAGGCUGAGAGGAGACUGGUGUCCAUGAAGAGACGAGAUCUGAGUCACAACAUGCUGGAGGUGGAGCACAGUGACUUGUUGUCAAGAGCAGGCGGUGUGGAGCGCUGGCUUGUUGUCAAGAGGAUGCUGUACCCUAAGAAGAUUAAAGAGGAUGUGGAAUCUACAGAGCUAGCACUUGCCUUCCAGCUCAGUAAUGACUCUAAGGGGGAAUUAAAAGUUCAGCCUCGGCAGCAGCCCGUCUUUGCCUUUCUGCCCCUGCGAAGCUUCGGAUUCCGCUUCGUCGUCCAAGGAGAUUUUGACAUUCCUUCUUCUAGGGAGGAUGUUGAUAGAGACAGUUCCUGGAAUCAGUGGCUCCGGUCUGAAAUCCCUCAACUCUUCCUGGAUGCAAUGGAUGUUUUCAGGAGUCACCCCGAGUUUAGUGGGCUGCAGGGACUCUGCCACUUCUUGCAGUAUAUCCCUCAGCCUAGUGAAAUCCUGGACUUUUUCAACCCUGUGGCCAAACAGAUCAUCCAACUACUAAAGGGGAAACCCUGCCUUCCAGCCAAGAUGGACAGCAGGGGCAGAGUGGAGUUUAAGCUGCCUUCACAGGUGGCUGUGUGCCAGGACCCUCUUAUUCAGGACGUGAUCGGAGGAGAAGAGCUGUGUAAGCACCUGAACCUGUCAUACCUUCACCCUGCACUGCAGUCAUCACUGUCAUCAUCCCUGCUCAAUGCUCUGGGUGUCCAGCGGCUGAAGGCUGCCAACAUCACCACCGUCAUCUGUGCAAUGGCCAAGAGUCUCGUACAAGAGGGUGGUAUUCACUCAGAUGAAGGUCUGAAAAAGCUGGCCAAGCUGCUGGCUUGUAAUUUCCGUGCUCUGGAAUCUGAGUACAACGAGGUGGAUAACCUACUGCAGGCCCUCCGAGAUGUUCCCAUGAUCCCUCUGGCAGACGGCCGUGUGGUGGCUCUCAGCCUAGAGGAUGUCUUCUUCCCACUCAGUGAGGAGACUCACAAAGGCCUGGAUGCUCUGUACAAGGACCUGAGCAUCGUGGAGCCGCGGCUGCUGGAGUGUCUGGAUAAGUUGGGUAACUCUCAGGUGCGCGAGCUGCUCUGUAGGCUGCAGGUUCACGAGCUGGAGCCCAAAGAGGUGCUGCAGAAGCACAUCUACCCCAUACUGAAGAAAGGUGUUUGGAAGGAAAAGCCGAAAGACACUACUGUCAGUUACUUGGUGUUUAUAAAGGAGCAUUCACAGGACCAAGACUACAGGGUGCUGAGGGAAGCUAUCCCUGUACUCACCAACAAGGGUUUCAUCUGCCUCGGCCAGAACAAAGUGCAGUUCUCCAAAGAGUAUGGAAACAUCGACCUGCCCAACAAGCUACCGGGUGUGGAUUGGGUGCUGCUGGACUCAUGCUACCUGCAUGAUGGAGAUGUAUCAGGGUGGAGGGAUUUUUUGAGUGACCUCGGAGUGAGGGAUCUCCUCAUUUUCAGGAAGGAGCAACACAACCUCAGAGCCACAGAGCUGGCAUCGAGCCCCUGGGCAGAGGAAGCAGAGCUGUGGCCCAAACCUGCAGAUGCACUGUAUGUCAUAGAGGAUCAGCAGUGUGAAGAGCUUCACUCACUGAUAACAACAGAUCAACUUCCCCCUAACAUCAAACUGCAGCAAAGACAAGCUCUGAUCAACCUUCUGGAGAACAACUGGGACACUGGAGAGAGGUAUUCUCAGUACCUCAGUGCUCGGGUGCUGGACAGCCAUGGUCGCACACUAAAAGACGCCAAGUCCUCGUUCUACUACCACCUCACCCAGAUGGCAUGGGUGCCUGCCUACAAGCCAACACAGGAUGGGAAAAACAGUGUGGAGUACCUGAUUCCAAACAGGGUGUAUCUCUUUUCCGACAAAGUACACAGUCUCUUGGGAUCCCAUGUCUGUUACGUCGAUCUGAAUCCCAGCCAAUUCUCCUCAGCUGUAGGGAUGAGACACACUGUUCUGGUGCACGAGAUGGUCAGCUACCUGAAAAGCUGGUGUACGAAGGAGUCCGAUAGCGGCGAGGCUGAAGGAGCUGAUUUUAUCACCACUGUGCAUCACCUCCACUCAGUGUACCGCUACUUGCAAGCAGAGUGCUCCUUCACACAGCUUAGAGACCUCUUCCAGCACACACCUGCUGUCUUCAUAGAGUAUGACAGGAAGGAGGAGUGGACCUCAGGACGCUUCUACCAUCUCAAGGACGUGUGCUGGAGAGACCCGACAGAGAUGUUUGUCAGAUACAAGGAGCUGAUCCGCAAGGCAGACAGCAGGGUCCAGGAACCUAAAGUCCUGGCUCCAUUUUAUAGCAAAUUGCAGCAAAUGGAUGAACUGUUUAAGUCUCUGAAGGUGGAGCACAGUCCAUCCAUGAAGCAGUACGUAGACCUUUUGGAGGCUGUAUGUGAAUCAUCACCAAUUCCCACAGGAGAGGUGCUUCAGGAUAUCUCCAUCAUUUUUGCCAGACUGGCCGAAAAAUGCAAAAGCUCUACACGCUCAGAGCAAGAUCAAGACAUCGAAUUGAAUCAGCACUACUGCACAUCGCUGAAAGGGAUGGUGUCUCGCAUGAAGGUGUUUCCCACCAAGACACAAGGCUGGGUCACACUGGCCCGGAAACCUAUGAUAGCAGACAACCCAAUCCUGGAGAAGAUCUUCAAAUCUCACAAAGAAAUUUGCCUCCUCAACCUACCCUCGGCUCAAAAGAAAGCAGCACUCAGACACAAACUGAACCACAAAGCCAAGCUAUACGAGGAGAAGCUGGCCUUCAGUGAACGAGACCGAGAGCUCUUCCUGGAGAUCUGCGGCGUGAAGAAACUCUCCCAGUGUGUCACCACCGAACCCCAGACAGAGAACUACAGGCCGUGUCCAGCUAUGCAGAACCUGGUGCGUGACCUCAUUCCGUACAUCCAGAGGUUUAUUUACCACCAUGACGAGCUCGGAGAAAUAUACGAAGACCUCAACGAGAGUGGAAUUGCCCAGGAGAUCAAGUCCCUCAGCUUUGGUCAGGUGGGAAAGCUGUACAUUUAUUACCUUCUGGAACAGCCAGAUGAGAGCCCCAUUAUAGAGAGUGAUGACAUCAUCUGUCUCCUGAAAGACAGGAAAGAUCUGUACAUUCAGAAAGACCAUCUGUCAUCCAAAAUGUCCAUUUGCGGAGAGCUAGUGAAACUGUUCACCACUGAGAAGAGCUUUGUGGAGGAACUGAAAAACUUUCUGGAGAAACUUGUUGUCCGCAUCAACGAUACAGAUUCUUUGAAAAGAUUACUGGAUAGUAUGGACAUUCAGGAGCUUCCUCCGGAUGAAGAGAGGUGGGAGGUUCCAGCACCGUUGGAGACACUCGAACCCAAAAAGCUCUUUGCCGUCAGCUCAUCAUCAACUGUAAGUGGACAGGAAGUGGAGAUGAACACAGAGGAGGAGGAGGACAAUAUGCUGCACUGCUGGCCUCCCAAAAAACCAUCGAUCAGCAAAACAGGAGGCAGAAGCACAGGAAAAGGAAGCCAGGCGGUGGAGGCAGUAAUGAAGAUGUGGCCUCCUCCUGCACCUCUGACCUCUUCAGCUCCUGUUUCUCCUGCACCCCCUGGUCACUGGGGCUCUGGAGCUGAGAGGAGCUCUGCCAGUCUGAACGCUCAGGAAAAUACGACAGAACUCCACAUACACCGAGAGCCAGGCUCACCAAGUACUCAGGGAAUUCAGGGUCCCAGGUCAAGUGUCAGCAACCCACAUGCGGAAGAACAGCCUCAUAAAGCCACUGUGCUGGUGGUCCAGGGUGUCGAUGCGCCUAAUGAAGCCCAUGGGUCCAGUGUAGCUCCUGGUGAGCACGUUGAGUCCAAGCCAGAGAGCAACAGCACUCCAUCUUCAGCAGAAGAGCAACAAUCAACACUGCAACCAUCAGAGCAGGUUCAGAAACCAGUCCAGGCUCCAGAAGUCAUGGCAAGUCAGUUCCAGGGAAGCGUUAUUCACCGUCCACCCAUGCCUCUGGACAAUGCAGUAUGGACCAAACCAACAGUUGCAGAAGCAGUGCUGGAGGACCUUGCCCUAGACUUCAGUUUACCCGACCUCCUGCAGGUGUCCAACGGUUAUGAAGACAAUGCUGAUAUCGGGAGAUGGGGAGAGCAACUGGUUCACUCCUUCCUCAACCGCUGGCGAGAAAGCGGAGAAGGACCACGGGAGAUCGCUUGGUCCAAUGAAAAGGGUGAGAGUGGCAAGCCGUACGAUUUCAAACUGAUCUUCCCGGGCGGCUGUAACAACACCCGCGAGGUGUUUGUGGAGGUCAAGACAACAGUCAAGCAGGAGAAGCACUUUAUCCACCUGUCGGCCAACGAGCUCGACUUUGCACUGAAGGAGAAGGAAAAGUAUCACAUAUACAGAGUGUAUGGCGCCGGACAUUCACAACUUACCCGUCUCUGUCGCAUCAAGAACCUUGCCCAGCAUCUGCAUUCCAAAACACUGGAACUGUUUUUAUUUGUCUAGAGUGAAAAUAUUUCAGCAGUUAAACAUGUAAUUUCCUUUUGCACUAGUAACAUUUUGCACUGUCUACCUUUGGGUGUGGUAGAAAAGUUCAAUUACCGGAUGAACUUUUAAUUAUUUAUACCUGUCUGUUUUGAGUUCUUCAACUCAAGUCCUUUAUAUCUUUUAUAAUUUAAAAUGCUAAUUUAAUACGCACAUUUCAUUUUAGAUGUUUUAAGGGUAAAAAUGUAAUGUAUGUCAAUGUAAAAUGUAAAAUUUUAAAAUAACAUUAACCAAGAAAUUACAUUCAUUAUUCAUUCCUCAUUAUCCAUUAAUCUUUACCAAGACUUUAUUGACUGUUGUGAUUGUCUUUUUAAACAAUAUUGAACAAUAUUAAACAAUAUAGGAACA